AGCUAAAAUUGUUUAUAGUACUCGUGUAACUCGUUCUAUGGCCGCUUCGGCUAUUAAAUCAACAAAUGACGAUUUACAGGAAGUUGAUAAUACCAAAAUGAAAAAAAAGAAAAUUGAUAAUAAUAGUAAGAAUAAAUAG